AUGAAGCCGGAUCACUGCUGUCCUCAGUGCAGUAAGUAACCGCAAAAACAACAGAUUCACUGGAAGUCCAGGCUCAUGAUACGAAACGAACGUGAAAGCAAUUCUUUCUUCAUUGCGCCAACAAGGGUCUAGUUUAUAUACUCCAUGAUGUAAAACAAUUUCAUUGUUUCGUUUGAGUUAAGAUCACAACUAAAUGGCGAACUCAGAGCCACUCAAAUUUUGCCCUUCUUCGUUCCCCCCCUCCCCAGAACUUCUUUAGAAGAGGACCAAAGUGGAUCAGGAUAGCCAUUGUUCAAGCCGAAUGACCCUUUCUAAUCAUAAAGUCUUCUUUCAAAGGAGAUUGUGAAAACGUGAAUAAAGAAUAAUUAAAAGUGGUCCAUCUAUAGUUAAACAAAGAAGCAACCACCUCAACCCCUGCGCAUACGUAUUUGCUUAUUGUUCCCCUAUAACAAACCUUUCAGAAACUUGGGCAACAGCGGUAACUACACCACCACCCAUCUUUACAAUAGAGGAAGGUAAAGAAGAAUCUUCACUUCCGUUUCCAUUUGGUUUCGAUGCCAAUACGGAUUAAGACCGAUAACAACAGGUACUGACAAAAUAUAGAUCUAUAAGACUCAUUCUCUUCAUGUCUGCGAUAAAAGACAUAAUGGAGACGUUUCGUUUGUUGUUUUUUUUUCUUUGUACUUAUCACAGGAUUUCAUUUUUAACGAAGAGGGUGGGUGGAAUUUUGAGAGGGCAAGUACUGGAAUAAAGACAACAGUAGUCUACCGUUGAAAUCGAUGAUAACCUAGGUAAUUAUAUGUAACGGAACCUCAUAUAUGUCUAGAAUUACGUAGGAACAAAAAUGCUCUGUUGGAGUAAAACUUGCGAGAUACACUGCCCUUGUUGGUUACCAAUCAGUCUUAUGCUUGUAAACGAUCGAUUUGGUGUAAGUCUUAUCUCAGACAAUCUUUUUCUUUUUGCAGGUAAUGCUUUUCUUCGGCCAUUUACUUACAGGUGUGCAUGAUGUCGUGAAAAAUUUUAUUCCGCAUUUUGCGGAAGAAUCGCGAUGAUGAAUCGAGCUUAAAC